UGUUGGUCGGUAGCUAGCCGAAGCAAACAAAAACCUCAUCAGCUCUUGUUCGGGUGGUUCGUUCCCUCUCCGCCGCUCCCUCAAUCACCGAAGUGAACAUCGCCGGCACUCCGGUUCCCUCGCCGAAGCUUGCGGGAGUUUGAUGGAGACGAUGGCCGCAAUUCCAAAUUCAGAGUCUCGGAUUAUUCGGCACAAAUGCUCUGCAUGCUUCAAGCAAUAUAACAAGAAGGAGCACCUUAUUGAGCAUAUGAAGGCCUCUUACCAUUCUGCGCAUCAGCCCAAGUGUGUGGUCUGUAAAAAAUAUUGCAAGACAUUGGAGUCAGUGAGGGAGCAUCUUACAGGUCCACUUGCCAAGAAUAACUGUGCUUGCAUCUUUGCAAGUUUGGGUUGCAAUGUUUGCCUUAAAAUGUUCAAUGGUUCGGAUGAUUUAAUUGCUCAUAGAAGCACUUGUUGCUUGGAUCCUGCUUCUUUUCCUGGACUUGAGAAUAUGUAUGUAGAUCAUGGUGUACGACAUGAAAUGGAAUUUGAUGAUAGAGUUCCUAAAGUGAUUGCUUUGGACUGUGAAAUGGUUGGUGGUGGAAGUGAUGGGUCACUUGAUGUCUGUGCUCGUGUCUGUCUCAUUGAUUUAAACGAGGAUGUGAUAUUUCAUUCAUAUGUGAAGCCUAUAAUUCCAGUUACUGAUUACAGAUAUGAAACAACUGGUAUAAGUGAAGAUUAUUUAGUUAAUGCAAUGCCGAUUGGAGAAGUUCAAAAGAAAGUUUUGGAGAUAUUGUACAAUGGAGAAGAAUCAAUUUCCAGAAUUCGUUUGUAUGGAGGAAAAGCUUGCCUACUUGUUGGUCAUAGCUUAGAUAAUGAUCUGGAUUGCUUAAGAAUAAAUUAUCCCGACCAUUUGAUAAGGGAUUCAGCUAAAUAUGUGCCUCUUUUAAAAACAAACUUGGUCAGUCAUUCGCUGAAGUACCUAACAAGAACUUAUCUUGGGUAUGAGAUACAAUCUGGAGCGCAUGAUCCUUAUGAAGAUUGUGUUGCUGCAUUGAGGUUGUAUAAGAGACUGCGCUCCCAGGAGCAUCCAAGUAGUGAAGUUGUGAUGCAUGAAAACGGUGGAGAGCCGUAUGAAUUUGAGAAAAGAAAUAAUUUUGAUUUGCUGAGGGUGGAUGAGCUCCUAAAGAAAUCCCCAGAUGAACUCCUCAUGAUGUCAACUUCAAAUUAUAGGUGUUGGUGUUUGGAUGGUGGAGUACUCUGCUGAUUCCGUUAUACGAUUAUUAUUCAAUUUCUGCAAUUUUUUAAAUAGAAGAUAGGGAUGGGGAGGCAGAGUCUCUGAUGCCAGCCCGGUAAUCUGCAAAAAACAAUUUUUUUGGGACACUUAGCAAGGAGAUUACUGUAGCAGAAGUGGUGUAGCAAUAGCAGCGGUGCUGUAGCAACCACUGUAGGAGGUGAACUGUUUUGAAUUUUCCUGAUUCUUCAGGCGAUUUUCUCCGGGCGGAGGAAUCUAAGAUUUGAUUAAAUCUAAUACACAAUUGCAUGUAAAUAUGUAGUUAACUCCUAUUUCUUCCCAUACCUGAGCCUGUAAGGGUGAAAGAAAACUUGCUGGGUCGCAGGGUGCCAGAAGCAAAAUAGAGAAAUAAAAGAAGAAAAGGAAGAAGGAAAAGAAAAGAAAGAAAAAUGAUGGAAAAAGAGAUGCAAAGAUAAGGAAGGAAGGAGAAGGAAAUGAAGAAAAGCUGUUUACAAAAUAUUGAAGUUUUGAAGAAAGAGAAAUAAGAAAGUUCGGCACAAGGAGGACCUACUUCAUCAG